AUGGAGUCAUCGUAUCUCCAGAAGCAUCUUGGGGCAUGCCUAACUCAAGGUCUUGCAGAAGUGGCAAGAGUUCGCCCGGUGGAUCCGAUAGAAUAUUUAGCACUGUGGAUUUACAAGUAUAAAGAAAAUAUGACUCUGGAAGAACUGAGACAGAAGGAAAUGGCCCAGCUGGAGCGUGAGCGAGAAUUAGCUCUGAUGGAGCAGGAGAUGCUGGAGCGGCUCCGGGCUGAGGAGCUCCUGUUUCAGCAGCAACAGCUGGCGCUCCAGCUGGAGUUGGAAAUGCAAGAAAAGGAGAGACAGAGAAUAGAGGAACUACAGAAAGCUCAGGAACAAUUGGAGAAGGAAAUGAGAAUGGAAAGUAUCGCUAAGGGUGAGGAUAGUUUACGUUCAGAGGAAUCACUACUAGACUCAGGCAAAACCCUAGCUGAAAUUAGUGAUCGAUACGGAGCACCAAAUUUGAGCAGAGUGGAAGAACUUGAUGAACCAAUGCUGUCUGAUGUCGCAUUAAACAUUGAUCAAGAUUUGUAG